AUGGGCGCAUUUUCUCUGACUGUUUCAGGAGAGCACUGUGAGACUGUCUUCGACGAGUGCGAAUCUCAGCCCUGCCAGAACGGUGGACUGUGCUCUGACGAAUUCGGUUCCUUUCUUUGUACAUGCUCUGUGGGUUUCACAGGAAAACUAUGCGAGCUGGAUAUUGAUGAGUGCACUUUGAGCCCCUGCCUGAACGGAGGAUGUUGCUCAAAUUCUGUUGGAAGCUAUUCGUGCUCAUGUCGUCCAGGUUUCGAAGGGAAAUCCUGCGAAGUAAAUAUUAAUGAAUGCUCGUCCAGCCCCUGCAGUGACAACGGCCUCUGCGUGGACGGCGCUAACAACUUCACGUGCAGCUGCUACGACGGAUUUGAAGGAGAGUUCUGCGAGAAAGAAACUGACGAAUGUGUGUCAAAUAUUUGCUAUAAUGGAGGAACUUGCCAAGAUGAUACCAAUGACUACCACUGCCUCUGCCUACCUGGUUAUUCUGGGAAGAACUGUGAAACUGACAUAGAUUUUUGUGCCUCUUCCCCGUGCAAGAAUGACGCACGUUGCUUGGACGAGGCUAAUGGGUUCAGCUGCAUCUGCGAAGAGGGAUACCACGGGGAUCUAUGCCAAUUUAAAGUUCAGUGCCCAAACGACACGCUGCGAACUGAGAAAGGAACUUUCGUUUGGGAUUCCAUCGAUCACGGUAUGGUGGCGAGGCAAGAGUGUCCGUACGGUGCAGAUGAGAAGCUCUCUCUCGACGCAGAUGAAGAAAUUUCGAAGUAUGUAAGUGAUCUGAAAUGGAAAGCGUUGACGGGCACAAGUAUGCAAGCCACAGACGACAACGUGACGGCAGAAAACCUGCAGGUGGAAGGCGAGACAGCAUACGCUGUGCGGCGCUGUGUGCUGCGGCCAGAUGGCAGCGUCGCCUGGACGCCCAUGCUGCAUGCCGCCUGCCGCCGAGAGGAGAUCACUUCUGCACUUCAAAUGAUUGGUUACCUCCAUAAUAUCACAAAAGAGCCACAUCACAUAGAUGGUGAAGUUUUCUGUAAGGCAGCAGCAGAAAUCCAGAAAGUUCUGGUGUUCGCACUGAGGAACAGAGAGAUUGCAGAGAGCAUGGUGUUGGUGAUCAGCAACCUCAUGAACGUGAAUGAAAGCGUCCUUCAAACGGCAGACGCUAAUGGGACAGUGUCACAGAGUAUGGUGAAGCUCGUAGACAAGUACACCAGUUACGCAAUUCUUGGUCAGCAUGACAGGAUUGAUAUUACAACCGACAACGUGAUAGUCAAUGUACUCGACGUGGGAUUACAAACGACGAGCCAAAUUCACAAUGUCACAUUCGUCUUCACAUCGUCAGCUGCCUCCAGCCCCACAUUAUACAGCGAAAACAACACCAGUUCUGAAAUAUUCCUGCACGUCCCAACAGAAGCUGUGUUGGUGGCCGCUCGCUAUAUGCGCAGUAGAGUCAGAGCUCGCUUUGUCUGUUACAAGAAUGGUAAAUUUUUUCGGCCUCUGGGGUUUUACAAGGUUUCUAGUAAUGAAACAACACCCAAAUUGAGAUUCGCAACAGAAGAGCCAGUGAUGUCAGUAACCAUCUCAAAUGUAAGCGUUGGGAACCUCAGUGAAGUCCUGACUUACAGUGUACCCAAUAUCUUCGGAGACACAAAGCAGAUAUGUGCCUAUUGGGAAACGAACAGUUACGAAUGGCUGACUUAUGGUCUAAAGACAAACCAGACUGAAAGCAGGAUAAUUUGUGAAUCAGACCACAUGACUCACUUCUCGAUCCUUUUGGAUCCAGGAUCAGACUAUGGUGUGUCGGAGGAGCACAAGUACACUCUAAGCAUCAUCAGUUACGUUGGCUCCUUCUGCAGCAUCUUCGGUCUCACUCUGACAAUCGUUACCUACGCUACAUUCAGGUCUCUGAACCGCGACAGAUCGGGGAAGAUACUGCUGAACUUGUGCGUCUCACUGCUGAUGAUGAAUUUAUCCUUUCUGCUGGUGAUGGUGAAGAACAACGUCCAUUUGGUGGAUGUGUGCAUACUGGUGGCAAUCUUAACGCACUACUUUGUCCUCACAUCUCUGGCCUGGAUGUUGGUCGAAGCUGUUAACAUGUAUCAGUUGCUUAUCACAGUUUUCGCUACGUCUGAGAUUCGAUUCAUGCUCAAAAGAAUGAUCUUCGCCUGGGGUGUACCGCUGAUUAUCGUGGCGUCAACAGCCACGUAUGACAUUGGUUACUACAAUUCAACUUCUGAGUACUGUAUGCUGAACAAAAAUGAUCCAUAUGUUUACUACAUCACAUAUCUGGGGCCGUCGUGCAUAAUGCUGGCGGUGAAUUGUGUGGUAUUUGUGCUGGUAUCCAGAGUUCUGUUCCAGAAACAUUUGGCUGGGAAGGUGGAAGAAAGACCCGAAAACACCGUCUCCAUGUCACAGGUUCGAGGUGCAUUUGCUGUCAUGACUUUACUAGGAGUGACAUGGGUAUUUGGAGCAUUUGCUUUUGGUAGUACAGAACUUGUAUUUCAGUACUUGUUUUGCAUAUCAAAUUCUCUGCAAGGAUUCAUCAUAUUUAUUGUAAGAUGUGUACAGUAUUCACAAGCAAGGCUUGCUUGGGCUGCAUGCAUCAGAAGGAAACAAAUUAAGGAAUUCCGUGGAGCUGUACCAUCUUCAUUCAUAGGGAAUUCACACUCACUGAACACUGUUUCAUCAAGCAUUUGCUCUCAGUCGACACACAAAGUUAACUUAGAUAAAGAAAAUAACUCCAAUGAUGGUGGUAACAGUUUGAUAUGGGGAAAACCUCUUUCAAAAGACUCCCACAGUAAAUCUCGAGGUCAGUCUUAUUCAUCUUGGAAAUUCCAAAAUGUAUUUAACACUUCUUCAGAAUCAGAUGAUACAUUUAAAUGUGCUGCCAAUUUUAUUGAACUACAAGAUCCACAUAUUGUAUCAGCAACUUCAAAUAACAGUAAUAGUAUCUCAGGCACUUUGAAAAAGGAGUUGGAAAAGACCCUUGUGAAUAGACCAACCAUUUGUAGGACACAAAGUAUGCAUGUGAAAAGCCAGAGUUUUUCAAAUGAUUUAAGUAGUUUCAAACGAGGAAAUAGCAUACAUUGUUCUCUGCAGCUAUAUAGCAAAGCACCAUUUCAUAUGACUUACACAGAAAGCCAAGAUACACUCACUGCAAAAGAAGGUGAAGACACAUCUUGGCAGUUCAUGAGAACACAGCCAAAGCUUAAAUCACAUGAAAUAACAACAAUGACUGUCCGUAAAGAAACUCCUUUAGCUGAGGGAGAUUCUCCUGUCACAGUGCAUGCAAGCUCAAAUUUUAAAGAAGAAACAUUUAUCAAAACUGUCAGUCAUUCAGAUCAAGGUUAUAUUUCUGGAAUUUGUACAACUGAACAUUCACCAGAUAGCCCUUGUCAGAAACCUCACCAAAUUCACUGUGCUAAAAAGUAUUUAUGUGAGACAGACUCAAGGCUGACUGUAUCAACACCGGAUCACAUAUCAACCAAUUCAAGUGCAAGUAAUAAAAAUGGGUCAUAUCAUGACCCAUGUACUGAAGUUAGAAAUCUUAUAACAAAAAGUGAUGGAAACAUUUUGCCCCCAAAGAAUCUGGUACAAAAAUUAGAGAGGGAGAAAAUAAUUUCUCAUACAUUUAUAGUUAUUAAUGGCCAAAAAAUUUACACAAACAACCCUUCUGUUAGACUAAAUGCUGAGCAAGUUGUUGAUGGAAAGAAAAUUGAUGUUCAGUGUGUGAAUAAUAGUCAGAUUCCCCCAAUACUUAAUAAGGAUUCAGGUGAAAUAAAAAAUAGACUCUAUGGUGGUACCAUAGCAACCAACGAGACUCCCACUAUAACUGAAAACACUAAUUUAGAGACAAAAAACUCUAGCAAAAAUAUUGUCUCAAAAGAUAUGCCUGCUUACAAAGAUUUGAAAGACAUUCAGUUAACAACUACUAGAAGUAAAAAGUGAAAGAGAGUCACAGAACACAAAGUAUUAUGAAUCUUUGUUUUUGACU